GUUAACCGAGUUACGCACGCUUUCACCGUUUCACGACCAGAUACAGUAUGAAACCGACUCACAAAACGGGUCCCGUUAACCCGAUGAGAUCACUGGUCUGUGUUCGGCGACGUAGUUAAGACAGACACAAAUAAUUAACCGAAGAAAAAUAAUCCCAUUUUCUCUCUUUCUCUCUCAUCGAUUUCCAUUUACAGUAAGCAAAGAGAAAUCGAAUUCCCGGCGAGCUUCCCUCCCAAAAGUGUGUGAAAUGGCAUCAGAUUAUGCAUUAAAACUUGCAGAGCUUGAAGCAUCUUCUCGGUUAAGAGCUGCUCAAUUCUUGGUCACGAAUAGGCCGUGGUUAGAUCUUUAUGGGAUUAAUGUGAGACCUGUCACUCCUUACGGUAGUUUGAGUAACAGAGAAUUGAUCGAUACAGCACUUAUAAACCGUAUGCCCGAUGAGUUGCUUUCGGAGAUAUUUUCGAAAAUGACUUCUUAUAACCUGGGGAGGGCAGCUUGCGUCUGUCGAAAAUGGAGAUAUACUAUCCGUAACCCUGUUUUUUGGCGCUAUGCUUGCUUAAGAGCUUGGCAGCUCAAUGGAGUUGUGGAAAAUUAUAAGAUUCUGCAAUCGGUGUAUCAUGGUUCGUGGAAGAAAAUGUGGUUGUUAAGACCAAGAGUUCGAACUGAUGGUCUUUAUGUCAGUCGGAAUACCUACAUUCGUGCCGGAAUAGCAGAGUGGAAGAUCUCCAAUCCAGUUCAUAUUGUUUGCUAUUACCGGUACAUACGAUUUUAUCCUUCUGGAAGGUUUCUCUACAAGAAUUCAUCCCAAAAAUUAAAAGACGCGGCGAAACACAUGAAUUUCCGUGCGUCAAAAGCCGAUUGUGUCUUUAGUGGACAGUAUACACUUACUGAAGACAAGGUUGAAGCUGCACUUUUGUAUCCUGGUUUGAGUCCAACUGUUUUAAGAAUCCGCUUGAGGUUAAGGGGAACAAUAGAAGGUGCUAACAAUAGAUUGGAUCUGCUAUCACUUGUUACAAGUGGUAUAAAUGAUGCCGAGGUCAGCAAAUGUGACGAUGACAUACUUGGAAUAGUCGAAGGGUGGCAAGAGGAUGAAACACAUAAUCCCGAUAUCCCUGCUGUUUCACACAACAGGGGUCUUACCCCUUUCGUUUUUGUUCCGUUCGAUGAAGUUGAAACGUCGGUGCUGAAUCUGCCUGUGGACAAGAUGGAUUAUUUCGUAACUGGUUGAUUUGGUGUAUAGAGAAACCUCAAAUAUAACUUUGUGUAUAUAGAAAUAAUAUAUAUAUUAUUCUGUUUUUUUUUUUUUUUUAAACAGUGCUUUGUUGUGGUUUGUAUUCUUUUGCCAGCAUCAUAUUUAAGAUUAGAGAAUGACAGUGUAAGAAACAAGCUGUUAUGUAUGUGCAAUUGAUUGAGAGAUUUUGA